GAAUGUGCUCGAGUGACCACCACGACGAUGCCCCCGCUGUUGGCGGCACUUCUUCCAAUGCGACGGCACGUGUUCGGGAUGAUAUCGCGCCAUAGCUCCACCUCUGUGGCCAGCACAGGAACAUCCGUUGAGAAAGGUCUUGAGUACGAGCAUCAAGUUGCCCGCGUGAUGGCUCAAUACAACUGCCGACUCACACCAACGUCGAUGUCUAUGGAUGGUGGUGUGGACCACUACGGUGUGUGGGCAUUACCUGGAAACGAUAUCCAGAUUGUGACGCAAUGUAAGCACGAGCAAACCCCCACAAGCGUGUCACAACUGCGAGAGUUUGAAGGUGUCCUGAGCUCGCAGCCUGAUGAAGUAGUUGGCAUCUUUGCUAGUGCAUCUGGCUACAGUGUGUUUGCCAAGAGGUUCUUCAGCCGCAUGACAAAUCCGGCGAUUCGCGUCACCAUUGUCCAAGAUGAUAUUGUCGAGUUUGGUAUGAAUCCCCUAGCAAGGCAGCGGUUGCCGAACCUAGUUCCUGGAACAACUUUUUCCAGUAGCGGGCCAAGCUUGGUCUUGAUGUACGAUGGACGAGUCUUGAAAUAGCCCACUUAAUGCACCCUUGCUCCAUUCAACACACGCA